CGGUCUUCUGAUUAAAAGCGAAAACAUUUACUACUUCAUCUGGUUUUGUCAUGCACAGUAGGGUUUUGUUUCCCCAGAUUCAUUUAGCAGCUAGGUUUCCUCUUGGUUGCAGUGGUCAAAAGGUUGCAGUUCAUAGAGAGCUGUUACUGGAGAGUUGAGACAGAAGAAAUUGUCACCUCCCAUUCUUGUGCAUCACCAUAUGGCAUCCACACAGAGAAAGACAGAAUUUGGAGAGGCAGAGGAGACAGCCCGUACUGAUGAUGUGAUGGAUUUUCUCAUCUACAUUGCCACUGUGCAUCAAAUGUACGCGGCUUUCAACCAUUCUAAGCGGGGAGCAGUGAUCACGGUUGUAUCUAUGAUUGUUGGUGCGGCACUGCUUGGCCCAGUUGGAUUGGCUGUAGGAGGAGCACUGGGUGUUUUGGUUGGAUGGAUGACUUCUGGACAGUUCAAGUCAGUCCCUCAGGUUUUAAUGAAAUUGCCUGCUGCUGAGAAGCAGAAACUCUGUGCUGAAGCCAUGGCUGUUGUCAAGUACUUUCACUGGACUGGUCCUCAUCAGCUGAUUGAACUUGUAAUGUCAAAUUCUAUUCUCAGAGACAAUGCAUUAGGAGUGCUGACCACUUUCCUUACCAAGGAUUUAGACGCACGAAUAAAAUAUGGAAAAUGAUCCCUUCCAGAGCAGGAUUUUUAUACUGGAAUUGCCUUUUACUCCCAUAAUUGUGAAUCUUCAAUGCAACAAUUUCACGUGUUCAGUAAUAAUUACAAAUAUAUGCUUAUCAAAGUAAUUUUGGGGUGUUCGGUUUUGGUGUUUGGGGGUUUUUAAAUAAUUAUGAUUAUUGUUAUCAUUUUUGAUUCGUGUGGAUUUGGAAGCAUAGUAUUAGGUUACUGCAUUAUCCUGACACUGACCUGCUAUGAAGUUUUGGAUUGCUCUGCACUAGGACUAGUUGAAAUUGCUGAAGGGAAUCAUGCUGCUCUUAGGCUAAUGUGUCACUUGUGAAAAUUUUCUAAGUCCUUUUGUUUUAUUUCAGAGACUUGAUUCUGUUUGUUGAAGUGCUUUAAUUUUUUUCCCCUGUGAAUGACAUGUAAGGUGCCAGAGCAGCUGGGGCACUUUGAAGAAUUUUACCUGUUGUUUGUUUCAGCCCUGCAAAGGAAAGUUUUAUGAAGAAGUACAUUACUGUGAAUUCAAAAGACUCAAUCCAUACUUUAUUUGUCUCUUUUUUUAUUGUAAUUCUUGAGUUAUCUUUUUAUGUAAGAAGGAAAGCAAAUACUUAAACUAGAUUUCAGGAAACAGGAAAACAAACUGUGAACACUUUCAAUUCAAUUUUCACCAGGUUCCUGUGCCCUGGGAUGGGAGGGUGUGGCAUUAAAAACAUGGGGAGCUGAAUCUGCCAGUUUUGUGUGAGCCCCAGGAUGAAGGUUGUCAUUUGAGCAUUGGUUUCUUUUUUCAGUCUGUACAGCUGGUCCUUGGUUUUCAUUAAAUCUUAAGAAGAAGCCUCCUAUUGAUGUGAUGCUGCACACACAUGGGAAUUGCUCAGGCCAACAGCAACGUACUGAAGAAUCUGAUCCUGUAGAAUCUCUGAAUUUGUUACAAACCCAUUUUUUUAUUGCUCUAUCAUGUGAUCCCAUUGGUAUUUCCUGUAAACUUCAGCAAUUCCUGAAAGGGGUGGUCUUCUGAUGAUUAAUAUUGAAAGCAUUUCCUACUUCUUCUUGUUUUGCCUUGCACAAUAGGGUUUUUUUCCCCCAGAUUCAUUUUGCAGCUAGGUUUCCUCUUGGUUGCAGUGGUCAAAAGGUAACUUAAAAAAUCUUUUGCACGAUUUAGGGGUGCCGGGAUGCCAAUUUGUGUUUAAUAAGAUGAUUUUUAAUGUUUUUGCAAUGGGUCAGGGAAAACAUCUUUAAUUUUCAGGGUGUCCUAGGGUGAGGUUAUGAUGCUUGUAUCCCCAGUCGUGUGUUCUGUUAGUGCUGGAUAUUAUGUACUGUGCCUUCAAGACUGGCUCUGAAGAGCAAGGUUUGUUUUGGUUUGUUAUCAGCCUGCUCCCCCACGGCUGGCAGGACACAGAGACAGGGCAGUACGUAGUGAGGCUUUGGCUUUUUGCUUUGCUUUUUGCUGCUUGCUUUGCUCUUGCUCCUUCUUCGCUCCUGCUUUGCCCCUGCUCUGCUUUUGCUUUUUGCUUCUGUUAGUUAGUUCAGCUAAGCGGUCCAGAUUUUCUUCCCUGGACUGUUUUUCCCUUCCCUUUUUGGAACCAUUCAAACCUGCUCCAGACUGGGACCUGGGAAACACCAAGAGUUUACAUCUGGUGGCUGCAGCAGCUAUCCCCAGCGCCGGAGGGAGCGACAACAGAGCGACCACUCCCAGGAAAGGCUUUCUGAAUUUGUCAUCCUUUUCAGAUCAGUGAAAGUGUUGUCAUCUGCUAUUGUUCAUUCUGUGUGCUGGGGGUGUUUUGCUUGUUAAAUAAACAGUUCUUUCCACUUCUCUCCGAGGAAUCCAUCCCGAAGCGGUGGGGGGAAGGGGCUGUGUGGGUUUGCUUUCUGGGUGGGGCCCUUUGGAGGUUUUCUCCCAGAUUUCUCACAGGCCCUAAUCGAGGACACAGGCUUAGCUCAGAUUUUGAAAAUAUCACCACCAUGUGCUGUGCUCAGUACCUCUACAGCAGAAGACCAGGCUGUAAAGGAAGGAUUUUCAGAAAGUGAUGGUUUAGGAGCCAGAUGCUGCUGGUGCUUACAGGAUGUGUGGGGACCAGAAAUGAGAUAGUGCUCCUCUGCAGGUGGGCUCAGGAUCUUGAGUCCCUGUCUGUCCACCAGCUGUUAUUGAAAUUAUUGAUGGACUUCUGGCCUGUUCAAUCAAUCAGUGCUGUUACCAUAUUUCUUAUGAAAGGUUGCAGUUCAUAGAGAGCUGUCACUGUACAGCUGAGACAGAAGAAAUUGUCACCUCCCAUUCUUGUUCAUCACCAUAUGGCAUCCCCCAUGAUAUGGACAGGCACAGAAUUUGGAGAGGAGACAGCCCGUGCUGAUGAUAUGAUGGAUCUUCUCAUCCACAUUGCCACUGUGCAUCAAAUGUAUGCAGCUUUCAAACGUUCUACGCGGGGAGCAGCUGUGGUCACAGGUGCAUCUAUGCUUUUAGGUGGGGUGCUGUUUGGCCCAGUUGGAUUGGCUGCAGGAGCACUGGGGGGAUUGCUAGGAACGAGGACUUCUGAAGAGUGCAAGUCAGUCCCUCAGAUUUUAAUGGAAUUGAGCGCUGCGAAGAAGCAGAAACUCUGUGCUGAAGCCAUGGCUGUUGUCAAGUACUUUCACUGGACUGGUCCUCAUCAGCUGAUUAAACUUGUAAUGUCAAAUUCUAUUCUCAGAGACAAGGUAUUAGGAGUGCUGACCACUUUCCUGACCAAGGAUUUAGGAGCACGAGUAAAAUACGGAAAAUGAUCCCUUCCAGAGCAGAAUUUUUAUACUGGAAUUGCAUUUUACUCCCAUAAUUGUGAAUCUUCAACACAACAAUUGGUAGUGCUCAGUAAUAACUACAAAUAUAUGCUGAUCUAAAAAAUUUUGGCGUGUUCAGUUUUGGUGUUUGAGGGUUUUUAAAUUCUUAUCAUUAUUGUUAUCAUUUUUGAUUCGUGUGGAUUUGGAAGCAUAGUAUUAGGUUACUGCAUUAUCCUGACACUGACCUGCUAUGAAGUUUUGGAUUGCUCUGCACUAGGACCAGUUCAAAUUGCUGAAGGGAAUCAUGCUGCUCCUAGGCUAAUGUGUCACUUGUGAAAAUUUUCAAAGUCCUUUUGUUUUAUUUUGGAGACUUGAUUCUAUUUGUUGAAGUGCUUUAAUUUUUUUCCCCUGGGAAUGACAUGUAAAGUGCCAGAGCAGCUGGGGCACUUUGAAGAAUUUUACCUGUUGUUUGUUUCAGCCCUGCAAAGGAAGGUUUUAUAAGGAAGUAAAUUACUGUGAACUCAAAAGACUCAGUCCAUACUUUGUCUCUUUUUUAUUGUAAUUCUUGAGUUAUCUUUUUAUGUAAGAAGGGAAGCAAAUUAAACAAGAUUUCAGGAAACAGGAAAAGAAACUGUGAACACUUUCAAUUCAAUUUUCACCAGGUUCCUGUGCCCUGGGAUGGGAGGGUGUGGCAUCAAAAACAUGGGGAGCUGAAUCUGCCAGUUUUGUGUGAGCCCCAGGAUGAAGGUUGUCAUUUGAGCAUUGGUUUCUUUUUUCAGUCUGUACAGCUGGUCCUUGGUUUUCAUUAAAAUCUUAAGAAGAA